UUUGCUGCGUUUGUGCGCCAUGCCUGAGCCAGCCAAGUCCGCCCCGGCCCCGAAGAAAGGUUCCAAGAAAGCGGUGACCAAGGCGCAGAAGAAGGACGGCAAGAAGCGCAAGCGCAGCCGCAAGGAGAGCUACUCGGUGUACGUGUACAAGGUGCUGAAGCAGGUGCACCCCGACACCGGCAUCUCGUCCAAGGCCAUGGGCAUCAUGAACUCGUUCGUCAACGACAUCUUCGAGCGCAUCGCGGGCGAGGCGUCGCGCCUGGCGCAUUACAACAAGCGCUCGACCAUCACGUCCCGGGAGAUCCAGACGGCCGUGCGCCUGCUGCUGCCCGGGGAGCUGGCCAAGCACGCCGUGUCCGAGGGCACCAAGGCCGUCACCAAGUACACCAGCUCCAAGUAGACUUGCCAAUGAUGUCUGCCAGCCAGCACAGGAGCCAGGCCUGGGCCGUCUUCCCUUAAGAGGCUUGAUAGGAAUCCUCAACAGAAUACACUGUCCCCUAUCCAUUUACAAAAUA